CUGGAUUCCAGACUGUCAUAGAAAGUAGGUACGUAUAAUUCUACUGCAACAUACCGACUAAAGGGUAGAACCGUUCAAAUCGCACCUGUCAAUCAAACAGGCAAAAAGCAGCUGAUGUUGACAGAAGUGCUCAUCUGUGUACCCGACGAGAUGAGCAGCCGUGUCGGCUGGAUUUGUGGGAACAUUCAGUCUUCUUAUUAAGCUGAAAUAGUGCCUUUUGACACCCACGGUGACUCUAUAGAUUUAUCGGACCAAUCGCCAACAGUCACAUAUUCCACAGAAGGUGAAGAGCCAGUGCACGACAUGUUUGCUCCUCUCGUUAUCUGGGUAUUUUGGAUGUUCUUCAAACUAGGCGACAGCGUACAAUGUUUAAGGAAUGAUGACAUUGGGUACCGCAAGGGAAACAUUUACUACUGCAAUCACCCUGACCUCAGCGCAUGCUGCGAGAUGAAUGGAAAAUUCACAUGCUGCGAGCCCAAUUAUGUCAAAAAUACGCGUGAGCAGAUCAAGUUAUGGGGCAGCGUUAGUGUGUUUCUUCUGAUUAUUGUGGCAGUUUAUACCUGUCUCCAUCGAGAUGUACAAUGGAUAUCCAGUCAAACUGUUCAGGAGAGUCUCGGACUCAAAAACAGGGCUGAAGAUGAACUUUCAACUUCUAAGACAACAUCGACGUCCAGCAAAGAAGCAUGACAAUUUGUUGUCCUUAUCAUUUUACAUUUAUUAUUAGUACAUAUAAAAUCCACAAAAA